UUCUACGACUCCAUCCACGUCUAUAGACAAGAGCAAACAAAAUGGCACGUAGUAGUGUGAUCUUAUUCCAGGUGAGCCUCCUGCUCGCCGGCAUAAUCUCCUCCGCCGCCGGAGUCUCCGUUGCCGAUCUUGUCACCCAGCAGUUCUUCGACAACAUCAUGAAUCAGGCCUCUGCGAAUCCAUGCCCGGGCAAGAGCUUCUAUACGAGGCAGGCGUUCCUGGACGCGCUGGGGUCUUACUCUCAGUUUGCCCAGGACGGCUCCGACGACACCUCUAAGCAGGAGGUUGCUGCCUUCUUUGCCCAUGUCACCCAUGAGACCGGAUAUCUGUGCUACAUAGAAGAGACGGACCAAUCCAAUGGCUAUUGUGAUGAUACAAACUACCCUCAAUACCCGUGUGCCCAAGGGAAGAAGUACUAUGGCCGUGGCCCUCUUCAACUGACCUGGAACUAUAACUACGGUGCAGCUGGACAAAGCAUUGGAUUUGAUGGCUUGAACUCGCCCGAGACUGUGGCUAAUGAUGUGAACAUAUCAUUCAAGGCUGCCUUGUGGUUUUGGAUGGAAAAUGUGCACUCUGUCGUAACCUCCGGCCAAGGGUUUGGAGCCACAAUUCAGAAGAUUAAUAGCCAAGAGUGCAAUGGAGGUGCGCAAGAUGAGAUGCAUGCCCGGGUUCAACUUUACCAGCAGUAUUGCCAGGACUUUGGUGUGGCUCCAGGAGAUAACCUCACUUGCAGAAGAGCAAACAAAAUGGCACGUAGUAGUGUGAUCUUAUUCCAGGUGAGCCUCCUGCUCGCCGGCAUAAUCUCCUCCGCCGCCGGCAUCUCCGUCGCCGAUCUUGUCACCCAGCAGUUCUUCGACAACAUCAUGAAUCAGGCCUCUGCGAAUCCAUGCCCGGGCAAGAGCUUCUAUACGAGGCAGGCGUUCCUGGACGCGCUGGGGUCUUACUCUCAGUUUGCCCAGGACGGCUCCGACGACACCUCUAAGCAGGAGGUUGCUGCCUUCUUUGCCCAUGUCACCCAUGAGACCGGAUAUCUGUGCUACAUAGAAGAGACGGACCAAUCCAAUGCCUAUUGUGAUCCAAGCUACACUCAAUACCCGUGUGCCCAAGGGAAGAAGUACUAUGGCCGUGGCCCUCUUCAACUGACCUGGAACUAUAACUACGGUGCAGCUGGACAAAGCAUUGGAUUUGAUGGCUUGAACUCGCCCGAGACUGUGGCUAACGAUGUGAACAUAUCAUUCAAGGCUGCCAUGUGGUUUUGGAUGGAAAAUGUGCACUCUGUCGUAACCUCCGGCCAAGGGUUUGGAGCCACAAUUAAGAAGAUUAAUAGCCAAGAGUGCAAUGGAGGUGAUCCAGCUGAGAUGAAUGCCCGGGUUCAACUUUACCGGCAGUAUUGCCAGGACUUCGGCGUGGCUCCAGGAGAUAACCUCACUUGCUAGAGGAUUCACUCAAGAUUUUAUUCAUUGCAUGUAACUUGGAGGGAGAUCAAUACUUGAAACAACCUAUUCUAAUAUUGUACUAUUGAAAUAAACUAUAGAGUGUGGGGUGCAGGCCUUCAGUGAUUUGUCUCCACCUCUACCUCUUUUCUCUGCUGUAGCAACUUAUAUGAAUAUAAAGUGAACUUGGCACAAGGUCCUUUCUUA